UGGAAAAUGGCUCCAAAUAUCGUAAAUGGAGAAGUUAAUUUGACAAAAGAGGAUACAAACACUUCAAUUUUAGAAGCUCCAAAAAUUACCGAACAAGCGACUAUUGUAAAACCGGAAGAGGUUAAACAAAUCGAAGAGACAAAAGGAUCGUGGUUCCUACUUGAUAAAAAUAUAAUAUGGAAGAAUGUUAUUUUUAUAUUUCUGUUCCACGCGAUAGCAGCCUAUGGUUUCCUAACACUGCCGUACAUUCAACGAUGGAAGACAUUUUUGUGGGCAACGUUUAUUGGUGUGAUAGCGGCAUUUGGCAUUACUGGAGGCAUCCAUCGUUUUUGGACCCAUAAAGCCUAUAAAGCCAAUAUGCCAUUAAGAGUUAUUCUUAUGAUUUGUUAUGUCGCUGCUGGUCAGAAUUCCAUUUACAAUUGGGUUAGAGAUCAUCGUGUUCAUCAUAAGUUCUCGGAAACCGACGCAGAUCCGCAUAACAGCAAACGGGGUUUCUUCUUUUCACAUGUUGGUUGGCUUAUGCUUAGAAAGCAUCCUGAGGUUCUGAGAAAGGGUAAACAAAUAGAUAUGAGCGAUAUUCGAAUGGAUCCAGUGGCUGCAUUUUGUGAGAGAUUGGUACCAUGCAACUCUAUUUCAGAUUUGUAGAUAUAUGUAUGUACUAAAUGCAACGUGGAGUGUCAACAGCUUUGCUCAUUUUUUUGGCAAUAAACCUUAC